AUGCGGCUCCAGCCUCUCGUCCUCCUCGUCCUGGCCGCGCUGUGCCCGCGGGCCGCGCCGCGGGCGGCCCCGAGCAGGAUCGCCGUGGUCGGCGGCGGCAUCGGCGGCACGGCCGCGGCCUAUUUCCUGCGGCAGCGCUUUGGCCGCUCCGUCGCCAUCGACAUCUUCGAGCGUGGUGUGGUGGGCGGCCGCCUGGCCACGGUGCACGUGGACGGGCUGGACUACGAGGCCGGCGGCUCUGUCAUCCACCCGCUCAACCUGCACAUGAAGCACUUCGUCAAGGAGCUCGGCCUCGAUACUAUCCCAGCCCACGGUGGCCUCUUAGGUAUCCAUAACGGAGAGGAGUUUGUGUUUGAGGAGAGCAGCUGGUAUAUAGUCAACAUUCUCAAGCUUCUCUGGCACUACGGCCUCAACCCCCUGCGCAUGAACAUGUGGGUUGAGGACAUCUUGGACAAGUUCAUGCGAAUCUAUCGCUACCAGACGCACGACUAUACCUUCAGCAGCAACGAGCGCUUAUUUCACGCCCUUGGAGGGAAUGACUUAACCCGAAUACUGAACCAAACCAUUGAUGAAGCCAUGCAGAAAGCCGGCUUCUCCCAGAAGUUCAUAAAUGAAGUGAUUUGUCCAGUCAUGAGAGUCAAUUAUGGGCAAGGCGUUGUCAACAUGAAUGCUUUUGUAGGUGCUGUUUCGCUGACGGGGGUGGAAUCCAGCAUUUGGGCCGUCAAGGGAGGAAAUAAACAGGUCUGCAGUGGCCUUGUUUAUGCUGCCAAAGCACAGCUUAUUCCUGGCACAGUUCUGUCUAUAGAGCCAAAACCAAGACCAAACCCUGCCGGGGGCACGCAUAAUCUGUACCAUGUCACUUACAACUCCACAUCGGGAUCAUCAUCAGAAAUGUACGACAUCGUUAUCAUUGCAACCCCACUGAACCACAAAGUGUCCAACAUCACCUUCAGGAACUUCAACCCUCCUAUCCCCGAGAUCUCAAAUCCUUACCACCAGACCAUAGCGACAUUCGUGCAUGGGCGCUUAAAUACUUCCUUCUUUGGCUACCAYGACCCCUCUGCCUUUCACUUGAGCAAUAUCUUCACUACAGAGAACACCAAACUGUUCAUCAAAAGCGUGGGGCUUGCAUCUGCCGUCGAACACAGACCCGACAAAGCGGACCUAUCCUCACAAUCAGCUGUCUGGAAGCUGUUUUCAGAUGAACCACUCACCAAGGAGCAGCUUAACUUGCUUUUCUCUUCCUACGACUCUGUCAAGGUGAAGAAAUGGCUGGCGUACCCCCACUACAGCACCCCUGAAAAAUGCCCACCUGUGAUCCUGCAUGACAGAAUAUACUACCUCAACGGCAUCGAGUUGGCUGCCAGCGCCAUGGAGAUGAGUGCUGUAGCGGCCAAAAACACAGCGCUGCUUGCUUACCACCAGUGGUACGGGAACACAGACAAGAUUGACCAGGAAGACUUGCAUGAGAAACUGAAAACAGAGCUUUGAGCUGGAGUUUCCUUGGAAUCAAAUGCCACUGGCUUGCUAGGACAUCCAGGCUCCACUGCUGUGCACCACAGCUCCAUCCAGAAAUAGAGAUCACGUACAGUAGCAGUCUAACCACAGCUAAAUCUGGUCAAGGAGCAGCUCUGCYGCUGAUGAAGAAACACCUAACCAACUUAAGAUACACUGAAGAGGAAGCUUUCCUAUAUUAAUCUAGCCAGAUGGUACCCAACUGAGCUGGUCCUGCCUCAUGCGAAUUCUUCCAUCUAUCCCUAUAUAAGUUUUUUUUWAAAAAAAAGUAAAU